AUGGGACAGUUGUUGGACAAUGAUAAAUUUUUGGAAAAAGUUGGGGUGACCACAAAAUCCAGUCUACAACGUGAUCAUCUACCAUAUCAAGAUUUUACUAUGUCUCAUCUAGGACCAGAUAAUGAGUUGCUGGUAAUGCAUAUCAACAAGACACAAGAUCUGUUGGGAGUACAAAUGAAGAAAAUACAGUCUAAGAAGGUGCAAACCACAGAAGAAUGGCUAAGAAACUACAGUUUAGAAUCAUUGCAACUAACAUUAGAGCAUCUGAUAAAUGAAGGCAAUAUUAUUUUGUAAUGUUCCAGGAAUUCAAGAAAUGGUGUUGAAGAGGUAGAGUUUACUGAAGAGACUGUUACUGAUUUUGAGUCCAGACUUUCUGAAGUGAUUGAACUUUAUGAGCACCGAGUUCAGUGGCUGUUGCAGGACAGUAGAAAGAUAUUUGGCCUUAUAAAAGGAACCAAAGUUGGACUUGUGGUUGAUGUGUCUCAUAUGAGUUACAGACCUAGACUACUGGAUUUUCAGAAGGACCUUUUGUGCUUAAUAGAUGAACAGCUAUGUUAUAAGAAGCAAUUGUACUGCCUCUCAUUCAGUACAGAAAUUUCACCUCUGUGGGAGAGUCCAAAAAACAUCAAUGUUCAUGUGCUACAUGAAGCAAGACAGUGGAUACAACAGCUGGAGCCUGGUCGAGGCUGCAAUUUGCUGAAAGCCUUAAAACAUGUCUCUAUGAUGAAAGAACUGAAUUCUCUGGUUCUUAUUGUAGGAAGCUGCCCUGAUCAGUCUUUGGAAAUACUGUCUGACUAUGCUCAGCAGUGUAUGCUGGGGAGGAAACUGCAGACUCAUGCUGUUACGUAUGAUUGCAGCAAUGUUGCUUCUCUUACAGUUCUAAAGAACCUUGCAGAAGCUGUAAGAGGCCGUUAUCAUUGCUACUCUUCAAAAGGAGAGAAUUUUGAUAGCAGUGAUGUUCAUCUGCUACUUCAGGAAUCCCAGAAGGCUAAGGACCUGCUCAAGAACAUCAAACAAACUUUUCAAAGAAGAAUUGGUGGAUCACUUAUUAGAAGAAUAGCAGAUGUUUCCACAGAAUUUGCAAAUACAGCACCUUCCAACUUCUUACCAAAGCCUCCAAAGCACGAAGAACCACUAGUUAUUCAAACACCAAGCAUCCUGGCCAGAACCUCAACAGACUGGUUAAAGACAAAUGGAUUGAAAGCUAAAAAGUUAAACCUUUAUCAAGUUUUGGCUCCUAAUGCUUUCUCUCCCGUGGAAGAAUUUGUACCUAUUCUUAAAAAAACAGUAUCAUCAACUCUACAUGAGAAAGCGAUGACGCAGUUUGAAUGGUAUGAUGGAACUGUGAAAAAUAUUCAUGUUGAUCUGCCAGUAUUAUACAACUAUCAGAGACUGCUUGCUAAAAUGGUAAGAACCUAUGAGAAACGAAUUGACUGGCUAUCUGUUGCUAGCAGAAGAAUAUGGGGAAGUGUUUGUGAAAGGAGGGUGGUUAUACUUGUUGAUAUAUCGGUGACAAACUCCACAUGUAUCAUCCAUAUCCAACAUUCUUUGCGGCUUUUACUUGAGGAACAAAUGUCAGAUAAGGAUUACUUCAAUAUUAUAGCCUUUGGGAGUGAUGUUGUGGCUUGGCAGCUGGAACUGGUUCCUUCCCAGCCAGAAAACUUACAGAAUGCUUGGAGGUGGGUGUUGAGCUUGCAGUGCAAAGGGAGUAGGAACUUCAUGAGUGCUCUCAGGAGGGCUGUGGAAAUAGACUUCAAAGACAAAGAUAAACACAAAUCACAAGGGCUUUACCUGCUGACUACUGGAAUACCUGAUCAGGAAACCCACACAAUCAGUGCUUACGUGGCUGAGGUUUGCAGAGGUUUUGAUUUGCAGCUUCAUGUCUGUCUGUUUAGCGUAAUGGAGGACGUUGACUCCAAUGGGAUUAUUCCAGCUCGCUAUGCUAACCCAGCUGAAACUGCCAUUGCUUUUAAAGAAAUAGUACAGGCAGCCAAUGGGAGAUUUCAUUGGUUUGGAGAAGCAGGUAUUUUUGAAAGUGAUGAUAUCACUGUUAUUGUGUCUGAAAUGGAAAAAGCAAACAACUACUCCCAAAAGUGUGCAUUCCUAGUGGAAUCCUUGAAGCAACGUUCGGUAAAUCAGUCUGUUAAUCCAUUUAUACCAGAAGGAGACUCAAAUGUGCUUACGAAGAAGGAGAAAAGACCACAGAAGUUGCCAUCUCCUAAACCCACAGCUCUGAGUCUGUAUAUUAAAGACAACCAUGGUGCAGAGAGAAAUGCUUCCAUAAGAGUACUGGCAUGGCGUCCUACUAGUGCCAAAGCAGAAAUUCCACCAGCAAAACCAAUAAAAGAAUGGCCUCAGACCGAGGGGAAAAAAAAGCAUAAACCAAGGAAGCAGCCAGAGUUUCCUAUGUCAGUAUUUUAUACUGAUAAAGGAAGAAAUGUGGGUAUGGUAUACCGAAAGUAUCCAAAGAUAAUGUGCAUAAGAAAGUCUGUUCCCUCUGUUACAUUGCCAAAAAAAGAGGAAAUCUGUUCAAGCAAAGAGUGGCUGACAAAGUACAGUAUUAAAAAGCUUAAACUGGAAUUGCCCAGACUGAUGUUUGGUCCAGGCUGUACUCACCAGAAGAAAACUGUGGAGUCUCUGCACAAGAAAGUAUCGGCAAAAUACUGUACUAUCUUCCCUAGCGUAGAAAUCAAUGGGGUUGUGAAACAUCUGCAGUUUCAAUCUAAGGAACUGGAACUCUACACUGAACAACUGGAGAAAGUGCUGCAGCGCUAUGUACAAAGAAUACAGUGGCUUCUGUCAGGAAGCCGAAGAUUGUUUGGUACCAUUUUAGAAGCAAAUGUCUGUGUUUUGAUUGAUACAUCUGGUUCUAUGGACCCAUAUUUGCCACAUAUCACGAAAGAACUUGCCUCUCUUAUCUGGGAACAGCUGAGAAAAAACAAAGUCAGAUUUAACCUGCUGAGAUUUGCAGAAAAUAUGGAGAGUUGGAAGGAGUGUCUUGUAGAGGCAACUGAUGAAACAUGUCAUGAUGCUGUGCAGUGGGUGUCCAAAUUCCACGCUCAUGGAAAUACAUGCAUCCUUAUGGCUUUACAGAAGGCGCUCAGUUUCCAAGAUAUAGAGGCACUGUAUGUAUUGACUGAUGGCAAACCAGACUCCAGUUGCAGUCUGAUUUUGAAAGAAAUUGAAAGAUUGAGAAAGAAACAAGAUAUUAAAAUCCACACCAUUUCUUUUAGCUGUACAAACAGAGGAGCUAAUGAAUUUCUGAAGAAGCUUGCUUCCCAAACAGGAGGGCGCUACCAUUGCAGUUUUGGAGAUAUGGAUGGACAAUUAGCAGCACACAGACUGUUGACUGAGGGGUUUGAUGACGAUGAUGAUCCGGUUUUCCCUUACUUUGAAGGAGAUGAUUUAAAGAAACUUACUCAAGAAGUAGCAAAAGCUAGAAGCUUCUUAAAGCAGGCAAAAUCUUUGAGGUUACAACUACAGAAAUGGAAUAUAAACCAGAAGGACAAUUCAGGCUUUAAAAAAAGUGCCCAGAGUGGUCAGGCGUAUUACGUACAUCAUGGUGAAAAGGUGAGGAACGUUACUGUAACUCACGCUUUCCGAAUAGACAAGGCACGAAAUCAACUCUCUUACAAACCCAAGAAAUUCUCAUUCGCUGCUUCUGUGGGUCAUUAUCGUAAAACAAGACCUACUUGCCAAGAAGAUCACACGUUCCUUAAAACGGUGUUUACUUUUGGAAUUUUUGUUAAGAUUGAUCAUUCUUUCUUUCUUUCUUCUAAAAUCAAAUAA